AUGCCGGCGUACUUCUUCCACCUUACCUUCGAGCUUUAUCCCUCGCGCUCACCGCCGGACAAGACGUUUACCCCUCCGCCAAAAACAGACAUCUUCAACUCUGAGUUUCCGGUCCAUCGCCGAGCGUCCUGGGGCUCUCACGCUCCAUCAUCACGCGCCUAUAGUAGCUUCCUAAAGCCCAUAGCUUCUAGCAGCGAGGCUGUUCAAGCUACUGCUUCCCGCGAUCGCCAACCUACCGCCCGUCGAUUCAGUCAGCGCACGCGACCAUCUUUCUCAGACCACCACGAUAGUCCUGUACCAGUCGUUAAACCCCCAAAGAGGCCGGGGCAUAGGCGAACACAAAGCUUUGCGCAUAGAGACUGGCGCUUCGACACCAUAUCCAUACUCAGUAUCGAUAUGAACCCGGGCACUGAAGUAGAUCGACCUCGUGCCAACCACCUCAAGCACCCUUCACACGCGCCGAAUACCGGCGGUCUCGCGACCAAAGGCAAGUUUAUCCCCUCAGAUCUGAAAGACACAGAGGUUGGCUGGGGUGUGGUGCAUCUGUACCGCGAUGGACAGGAGACACCGGGCUUGUAUGACGAGGUGGACGGAGCGAGCAACGAGUUCAAGGAAGAAGACUGCACUACGCUGUGCAUACUGGCAGUGCCCUCUUAUAUGACACCAUCCGAUUUCCUGGGUUUCAUGGGCGAGCAGACGAGGGAGGAAGUUUCGCACUUCAGGCUCAUCCGGACAAGCAGAGCGAACAAGUACAUGGUGCUGAUGAAGUUCCGGGAAGCCAAGAAGGCGAGAGCAUGGAGAACGGAAUGGGACGGCAAGGCAUUCAACAGCAUGGAGCCGGAGUACUGCCACGUCGUGUUCGUCAAGUCAAUCAACUUCCAGAACGGCGACUCGAACCGCGAUCCUACCUCAUAUCCCGAUCUUACGAAUGACCCAUUCGCGCCCGCGCCGACCAAGCAGCCUAUUACUCCUCUCCCACCAACUAGUAGUGUUUCUUCGCCAGUCGACGGUCCAUCGAUCGCUACCUCGCUGACCGCAAAACCACACGCUCCACCUACACCUGCUUUGGUAGAAUUACCAACUUGUCCUGUCUGCCUCGAACGGAUGGACGAAACAACAGGGCUCCUGACAAUUCUCUGUCAACACGUCUUCCACUGCGCCUGUCUUGAGAAGUGGCGAGGCUCAGGCUGCCCAGUCUGUCGAUAUACGCAAAACGAUGCUUUUACCUCAGACCGCGGCGAGAGUCCGGACAAUGAGUGCAGCGUGUGCGGAUCCACACAAAACCUUUGGAUUUGCUUGAUCUGCGGCAACAUAGGGUGUGGCCGCUACGACUCAGCGCACGCAUUCGCACACUACGAGGCAACAAGCCAUACCUAUGCGAUGGAUGUGGUAACGCAACACGUCUGGGAUUACGCAGGUGACGGCUACGUCCAUCGGCUCAUACAAAACAAAGCAGACGGCAAGCUUGUCGACAUGCCCGCCUCCAACCAAUCCUUCAGCGCGCCCGGCAUGACGGGCUACGCCAACGACACGGUCCCGCGCGAGAAACUUGACAACAUGGGUAUGGAGUAUGCCUACCUGCUCACCUCGCAACUCGAAUCGCAACGCGCAUACUUUGAGGAACAGCUCGAACGUGCAGUUGAUAAAGCAGCGAAAGCAGCAUCUACUGCCGAUGAAGCCAGCCGUUCCGUUGCCUUGCUAUCUCAAAAACUUGACAAGCUAUCCACCGAGCACGAAGAAGCAACAAUCACCAUUGCCUCUCUUACAAAAGAGUCGGCCCGUAACGCCCAGAAAGCAACCUCGGCGUCUGAGCUCGCUCGCAAACUGACCAAGCAGUACAAGGAAGAGCAGAUUGUGAAUGAGUCACUCAUGGAACGCAUCAAGCAUUUGGAGAAGAAGGCUGAAGAAGCGGAGAAUAGAGUCAGGGAGCUCGACGCGCAAAAAGCUGAUCUUGAGGAGCAGAACCGCGAUUUGAGCUUCUUCAUCUCGGGCCAGGAAAAGCUCAAGAAGAUGCAGGAAAACGAGGUCAUGGGUCUGCAGGAGGGUGAGGUGGAGGGCGGCACGGUGGAAGUUGCUGAGAAGAAAGGCAGGAGAAGAGGGAAAAAGAAGGCUUGA